AACGCCGGAUCUUGGGGAGCGCGGACCGGCGGGAGCGUCCCGGUGUAGGGUCUCCGAGCUGAGAACUGAAUCACGAACUGGGUGCCGACGAUGACCCGGGGCUCCUCCGUUACCCCAUCCUGCCCGUCCUGGCGGGGAAAGGAAGACGACCCGAGGUCCCUGCGAGGAGAGGAGAAGCCGGGGCUGUGCCCCCCACGUGUCGCCGGCUGCCCAUACAAAGCCAUCCUUUUGCCCAGCAACCAUGCCCCUCCAGUCUGGGGGCUGGCUCUAGUGCUUUGCUCUCCUCUGGCUCACCAAAAGCCUGUGGCUGUCAGCUUGUCCACCGCGGCUGCUUCCGAGAUCGGCGUUGAAGCGCCCUUAGAGGAGGUCAUUUCUGUGUAAAAUUCGUUCUUCAAAAGCUGCCCUGCUGCUAUAGAAACUUCAGUUUGCUAGCCUCCUGCUAGUCUGAAACGGCCCUUGUUCCUUUAUUGGUUUGCACAGGGACCCGUUCUUGGGAACUACUCUUAAAUGUGCCAUCCUGGUUGUGUGAUUUAUGUGAAUUUCUGAUAAUGUAGUUGGCCAAUCUUGCCUCCCGUUGACUAAGACUUUUUUCUUCCUGGUGUGGUGUUGUGCCUGGGGUGCUGAAGUCUACCUAGAGAGGACUAGAAUUGUUAGAUUCUACCUAGCCAGAAAGGUUUGAGUAUUCCUGAUGGAAAGAAAAGCCCUUUGCCAGGAGGUUGGCUACAAGAUUAUCGGCUGGUGAGAGUGAUCUGCUAAAGACUUGGACAUGAUGUAGUGCAUGGCAGAAAAGAAAAUCUGAGAAAACUAGGGAUUUUAAAAGUAGUAAAGUGAGAUCAUCUUAAAGGAGAAAAAAUGCCUGGAGUAUUGCUUCAGAUGCCCCAGCUAUGUAUAUAGCAUAGUGCAGUGAUAGUCUCGGAUUCCUGAAGGAAGCAAAAUGUGAACAGCUUCUGUAAUCUGUCAAGUUGAACCUGUGGGAAGAUGGUAUGAAGCAUUUAUUAAGAGGCGAAACAGGAAUAUUUCAGCCUCUUUUCAGGAACUAGAGGAUAAGAAAGAAUUAUCAGAGGAAUCAGAAGAUGAAGAAUUACAGUUAGAGGAAUUUCCUAUGCUGAAAACACUUGAUCCUAAAGACUGGAAGAAUCAAGAUCAUUAUGCAGUUCUUGGACUUGGACAUUUAAGAUACAGGGCUACUCAGAAACAAAUCAAAGCAGCCCAUAAAGCGAUGGUUUUGAAACAUCAUCCAGACAAACGAAAAGCUGCAGGUGAACCAAUAGCAGAAGGGGAAAAUGACUACUUUACUUGCAUUACUAAAGCUUAUGAAAUGUUGUCUGACCCUGCAAAAAGACGAGCAUUUAACAGUAUAGAUCCUACUUUUGAUAACUCAGUUCCUUCUAAAAAUGAAGCAAAAGACAAUUUCUUUGAAGUGUUUUCACCAGUGUUUGAAAGGAAUUCCAGAUGGUCAAAUCAGAAAAAUGUUCCUAAAUUUGGUGACAUGCAUUCAUCAUUCGAAGAUGUAGAUGCAUUUUACUCUUUUUGGUACAACUUUGAUUCUUGGAGAGAAUUUUCUUAUUUAGAUGAGGAAGAAAAAGAAAAAGCAGAAUGUCGAGAUGAGAGGAGGUGGAUUGAAAAACAAAACAGAGCGGCCAGGGCACAAAGAAAAAAAGAAGAAAUGAACAGAAUAAGAACAUUAGUUGAUAAUGCCUAUAGCUGUGAUCCUAGGAUCAAAAAAUUUAAGGAAGAAGAAAAAGCCAAGAAGGAAGCAGAGAAAAAAGCAAAAGUAGAAGCAAAGAGAAAGGAGCAAGAAGCAAAAGAAAGACAAAGGCAAGCUGAAUUAGAAGCAGCUCGGUUAGUGAAGGAGAAGGAAGAAGAGGAAGUUAGACAACAAGCAUUACUGGCCAAGAAAGAAAAGGAAAUUCAGAAAAAAGCCAUUAAAAAGGAAAGGCAAAAACUUCGAACUUCAUGCAAGAAUUGGAAUUAUUUUUCAGACAGUGAGGCAGAGUGUGUUAAAAUGAUGGAAGAGAUUGAAAAGCUUUGUGAUCGUCUUGAGCUCACAAGCUUGCAGUGCUUGAAUGACAUUCUUGCAUCUACUACAAAAGAAGAAGGGAAGGCUGCUGUUGAAAAGCAGAUAGAAGCAAUAAAUGAGCAAAUAAGGAAAGAGAAGGAGGAAGCUGAAGCUCGAAUACGCCAAGCAUCUAAGAGUACUGAGAAAUCAGCUGGUGGAGGUGGCAGUAGUGGUAAAAAUUGGUCAGAAGAUGACUUGCAGUUACUAAUUAAAGCUGUGAAUCUCUUCCCUGCUGGGACUAAUUCAAGGUGGGAAGUUAUUGCCAAUUAUAUGAAUUUGCAUUCUUCUUCUGGAAUAAAGAGAACUGCAAAAGAUGUCAUCAGCAAGGCAAAGAGUCUUCAGAAACUAGAUCCUCAUCAAAAAGAUGAUAUAAACAAAAAAGCUUUUGAUAAAUUUAAAAAGGAACAUGGAGUUGUGCCUCAUUCAGACAGUGCAGCACCUUCUGAGCGGUUUGAAGGUCUAUGUACAGAUUUCAUACCUUGGACAACAGAAGAACAAAAACUUUUGGAACAAGCUCUGAAGACAUAUCCAGUGAAUACACCUGAGAGAUGGGAAAAAAUAGCUUCUACAGUGCCUGGCCGAUCAAAAAAGGACUGUAUGAAACGAUAUAAGGUUGUGUAUAUAUAUGCAUACAUUAACUCAGUAAUUGACAAAUUUUAUUCCAAGUUAAAUUACAUAACUGUUAUCUGUCUUGUAAAAAUGAAAAGUCAUUACAAAGACAGGUCGUUUAUGAUUAAAAUAACAUUAACUCACAACAGACUUUGGGGGAUGGUUGCACUAUAAGGAAGGUUGCACUAUUAGGAAGAACAUUAUGUCACAAAGUGCUACCUUCCAGAAACUAUUUCUCUAAAAAAAAAGUCCUUUUCCAGUGUCUCCUUGUGGUUAAAAAGGUAACCCUGACUUCCCAAGACUAUGCCAGCACAGCAUAAGCUUUCACAUAUUAGAUGGCCUGCCAAAGACUAUCAGUGGCUUGUCAAUAUAAGAUUGGCCAUUGCCAUUCAAGUUGUCAUCUUUAAAGCCACAGAGGGACUAUCACAAUAGACAUUUAAAUAAACAUUUCUUGAUUUUUUAAAAGAAAAAGAUGUUUAUGCUACAGAGUAAAACUUAUUUUACCUAUAAAUCUAUAUCUUAAUCUGCUAACUACAGAUCCUUUUAUUUGCAUUUACUCAAAUGAUCCUUUUGGAGAUUGUGAACAAUAGAUGUAAAAAUCUAAACAAUAUUCCAUACUAUCCUCACAAAAAGGUAAACAAAAUCUCCCUGACAAGUUCUUAGAUUAAGUAUUUCUCUGAUUUUGAUAUUCUUAAACAGAAGCAGCUUUAAAGUUCAACCUUUUCAUUAACCUUUCUUCCUUUUCCUCCAGGAACUUGUUGAAAUGGUAAAAGCAAAAAAAGCUGCUCAAGAACAAGUGAUGAAUGCGUGUCGCACCAAGAAAUGACUAAAGUUGACAAUCUUUGUUGUGUUUGUUUUUAUAAUAAAACUGCAAAUACUGUAUAAA